GGGAAUCAAGUGAAGUGUAGAAGGAGGAUGUCAAACAUAAAGUCUCUCUGUGUUAUAGUGCUCUUAGGACUGCUAGUUCAAGAUGUCAUAACUGGUGUGUCAAAAGAUGAAUGUCUCAAUGAGCACAACAAGUAUAGAGCCAAGCAUGGUGCUCCUCCACUUGAAUGGGAUAACAAGCUUGCAAAGGCAGCUCAAAAGGUGGCACAAAAUAGCAAGUUUGAACACAGUAACAAUGGCUUUGGGGAGAAUAUUGCAAUGAGCAGUGAUGAAAUGACAUGUGCUAAAGCUAUUAAAAUGUGGUAUGAUGAAGUGAAGGAUUAUGGGAAGAAUAAUGGAGGUGUGACUGGACACUUCACACAAGUUGUAUGGAAAUCGUCAACUAAGGUUGGAUGUAGUGUAGGAAAGCCAGGUGGAAUUUCAUUCAGCAAUGGAAUGAAAGGACAGAUGUUGGCAUGCAACUAUUCACCACCAGGAAACUACCAAGGGGAAUAUGAAAAAAAUGUGCAAGCUUAAGGAAAUACAUGUACACAUUCUGAAAAUAUUGAAGUGAUAU